GAGUAACAAGGCCGAAGUGUUGAUCUUGUUGCGCCGGCCCGCUCGAUACGCCCGAGGCCGUCACUCUCUUUCUUGUUAAUGUUCAAGCGGAAGGGGAGAAAUUUCAUGGCGAUCUUAUUCUCCGCAAAGCCCUCUUCGAUCUCACCGUGUUGCCACUCGAUGCGAUGCUGCGGUGCGCGGGCGCUCUUAGUUCAGAACAAAGGGUGCGAUUUCUCCGGGAAAUUUCGUCCACUUUGAGCGAAUCCGCUUCACGACAGUCUGUGUCGCAAGUUAGCUCGGGUCAGGUCAAGUUCAAUUCAUGAUUUACGGAAGUGUAGAAGCAAAUCUUGAAUCCUUGUUCUGCUAUGACAAGUCUUAUCCAGAGGAGAAUAUAGAGAUGCCUGUUGGUUUGACGAUGGAUAAGAAGGAAAUAGGUAAUAACCCACCUUGCACUGAUUGUGAAGUGAAAGGCGCAGUGUUAUGUGCUACAUGUGAAGGUUCUGGUUUAUAUGUCGACUCAAUCCUAGAGAGCCAAGGAAUCAUUGUGAAAGUUAGGUGCCUGGCUUGUGGAGGUGUUGGCAACAUCAUGUGCUCCAGAUGUGGAGGGCGGGGACACACUGGAUUUCAUCGAACUCGAUGACGCGGAGGCUGCAACAAGCGGCGACAUCAGGAGAUGGAUGGCUGUUGGCGGGCAGCAGCUAGCGUUGCCGGAGGUAGUAGAUCAUCGGUGGUCUACGAGCGACGGGUUGUAGUUGGUGGACAGUGACAGACAUCUCCGGAGGUGACAGCAGAUCAUCAGAUAGGAGGGUGGGUGGUGGGCGGCGGUCGACGGGCAGCGGGUGGCAGUUGACAGGCAGAUGUCGGCGAUCGGCGGAAGGUGGGCAGGGGCGGUUAUCGGCGUAGCGGGGAUGAGAGGAAGAAGUGUGUUUUCUUUUAACUUUAAUAUUUUAAUCAAAAAUUAUAGUAAAUUAAAUCAAUCAACUCCUAAUUAUAGUUGGGAUAAACUAAAUAAAUUUAAAUUUAUCAAAUAAAAUUAUGUAAAC